GGGUUGUGGUACGAAAGGGAGAAGUGAGAUGUCCGUGAGCUGUCAGAAAACUAUAUGAAACUUAAACAAAGUCCCGCUUGGAUUGAUAUCACAGAUCAUUUUUUAAUUGGUUUUUCCUCAAACAUCUGGAGUUAUCGAUGCUUUGACAUCAUGCGUGUGAUUCUCCUCUUGAUCCUCUCACUGGACCAGAGCUUAGAGGCACUGGGCUCGGUGCAGCUGGAGCCCAAACUUUCCACUGUGGUCAAUGGUUCCCGAGCUAGCUUCAACUGUAGCACCACUGCAUUCUGGGACGCCAUGUCCUGGCUGCUGAACGGCAGUGUGUCGCUGACCAUUUCGGCACGGCACGGUGUCCUCGGCAGCAGUGACAGAUUCCACGCAGUGAACCACUCAACGGCGUCUCUCACUGCUUGGGAGUUCAUCAUCGAGAGUACGGAGCAGAACGACACUGGGUCUGUCACCUGUGACCUCCAAAAGAUGCGAAUGGAAACUACGACACUGCUGGUCCAAGUGAUCGGGAGCGUGGAAGUCCAGGGGGGAGAUGUUAUGAAGAGGCGGGGGGAGAAGUUCUACUUUGAGUGCCGAGUCUUUGGCUGGGACCCCGAGCCCACGGUGCGAUGGAAAGUGAAUGGCACGGAGGUGGAGGAGGCCGGUUACAACACCAGCACUGUGGUCUCCGGUGGGCUGCUCGACUCCACCAGUUUCUUAGGUUUCCGAGCAGAAGGGAGUGUCACCGUGGAAUGUCUUGCCUCGGUGCCCGCUCUUCAAUCACCCCGAAACAGCAGCGUCUUUCUGACUGUCGCCGGUGAGCCCGACGUCAGUCUUGUGAUUGCGUUCAUCCUGUUUGGGGUCGUGUUUGUCUCACUGCUGGUGUUUGCUGCCGUUGUCUUCAUCAUCACAAGGCAAAGAGAAUCAAAAGCCAGCUGUCGGCAGGAAAUGAGCAGAAAUCGGAGGCAGUGUGAGGGGAACACCAGAGCUGAGGUCUUGGUGGGAGAGCUUAAUUUAGGAUUCUCCUUUAAUGGUCAAACAGAAAGUGCAAGGUUGCUGAGAAGCCUGUUCUUCCCAUGGCAGAUAUCAACAAUAGCGGAUUCAGCCGGACAAACACUGCUAAUCCUCCCGAGACGUUGGCCCCCCGCCUCUACCAGAUGGCCUCCGACAGCACCAACCUCAACAGCUCGGGUUCUGGACAUAUCCAGAACACCGAAAGAGUCCGGCACCUCACGAUAGUUUGAUCUAGCAGCAGACCCGCGUCCAUAAAGGACACUCUCCUGAUACGCAAGGUGUUUUUUUCUGCAAGGACUGUUGCAAAUGGUAUGUGGAUACUUAGGACUUUCCUUCAGAGUGCAAGAUUCACUGCAUGAAGAGGACUACAAGGUCCAGUUUUGACACUGUAUCGAUUCUUCACUGCUCAAACAUUUUUCGGGUUGCAAAGUUAAGGCUGCGGCUUGUUGCAAGCCAGUUCACAUCAAUAAUAUCGUUAUGGUGACUGCUGAGAUAUAAAAGCUAAUUUUUUUAAACAUUAAGGGAGUCCCAUCUGUUGUUUUCAGGAAGGCUUAAGAGGAUUUGAAAUGACUUAUUAGAGUUAUUAGAUUGAGAAAAGUAUUUUACAGAAAAAGUACUGUCUGGUUGCCAUGUUGUGGGUUGAGGAGUGGGCCCAUUUCCAGGCAGCUGAAAACCCUACCCUGCCAGCCAUUGGUUUGUUUCAGCCCAAGGGAUUUCAAAUGAGCUUUUGAAUGCUCUAGAGGGCAUCUCCGGUCAUGCAAGUCAUCUCUACAACUGUAUUAUUCUUCUUGCCAGGAAUGCGACGCAGUCAUCUAGAUAGGAUUUUUUUUUGUCUCCUUAUGUCACAACAAAAAUAUCUACCAAUAUUUGUUUAUAAGAAGAGAAGCUUUUUCUUUUUUUUAACCCCGUGACCUUGUCUAAGAAAGUCGUUAGAAAAUGGAUGAAUGAUCGCUGCUUUGUUUAUCCACACGAAGCCACAAAAAUCAUUACACCGUUUGAUUUAAGUCCGUCAGACUUCGGCCACUUUUUAACUUCGGCGACUAUUUAAUGAAGCUUCUCGUUCUUAAUUCUGACUUUUCGUUCAGAGGAAAGGAAAUGUCACGGCUGUUUCAAACGGUGUCCCUCACUGAAUAGCAGGUGCCUCAUCUCUGGCAGACAGUUAACUAAAGGUAAUAAAGAUAUAGAUGGAGAAACAAAA